AUGGCUGUCGGAGCGACGGUGGCUACCGAGAAUGAUUUGUUGUGUAGACGAAUUGAUGAUGAGACACCGCCAAUGCUGAAUGAGCACCCUGUGAGUCAAAUUGAGAAUGAUUAUCUCAUUGAACAGCAAGAGAUAAUGCUUCCCGCUCCUCCUCAAUCAUAUCUGGACACAGGCUCGCAAGAAAGACGAUCGGCUCUUCUCUUGGAAAUGAUUGAGUUUGAACGAAUGCUGCCUUACCACGAGAUGGGUCAUCAAAUCCCCGCUCAAACAGCAGUGCCCAUAAUGAGCACAGCUGGGGUGCAACCAACGCUCAUGGUUCAAUCGUAUCAGCAACAUCUUCAACAACAAGCUGUUCAUUGCACUGAUGGCUUAGGAAUGAGAAUUUAUCCUCAGGAAAUGCCGAGUGAGAUGCCAGUUCUUGAUGGGCAGUAUCCUCAACAAUAUCCACAACAAUCCUUCACGCAAGCUUACUCGCAGAUAAAC